CAGGGAUGUUAAUGCUUCGCGGUGAACUCGAAAGACUCACAACGCAUGAAUAACGCAGAAGGAUACCAGCUUGAUUUUUGCAAGUCUGAUUGGGACUCGCUAUUGUGGAGUGUACACAUUCGCCCCUUCCUUACCGCAGCUGACUAUUUGUGUGUGUCUUGCCGUCUGGAAGUAGAUUAGCUCCAAUUCUAAUUCUGUGGACAGCUGAUUUUUACUGUUACAAAAAGAAGUGAUUGCUAAGACGCGCGGUUUGCUAAUGUUGGGCGUUCCACUGAAACCAUAGCUUUGGAUUGCUACAGUAUGGCGGCACCUAGCGCGUCAUUAUAUUUGCCGUCUAGUGUGCCGUCGUCACUCAACACCGGUCAGCCGAUGACCAAUCACGGGAUGCAUGUGCCGUCUGGACAACAGUACCGGGACAUCCCCGAGAUGAAGUACAUACCUUCUCAGCACCAUCAGUCCAAUGGUCACGGCUCUCACCUCGGCCAGCACCACAAUCCCUGGUUGAGUCCGAGUCCCCACGGGGACGUGGGUCACUGGGCGAACAUGGGAAAUCUGCACCACCAGGACAUGAAGGUCAGCCCGGUGGGAAAUAUGGAUAGUCACGGAGGCACCUUGCACCACCGCCCGCAACCCCACCAUCAAAUGCAGGUGGCCCCUCAGCACUGGCAGAUGCCACCUCUUCAGAAUCUGUCCUCGCUCCAGAACCCGAACCACCCGAUGCAGCACCAAGGAUACACAAUGAACAUGAAUGGAAUGAUGUCUCCCUCCCACCAAAUGCAUCACGUUCUCAGAGACCCCGAUCACGAUCUCGACCCACACCCACCUUCAGAUGAAGACGCUCCUACUUCUGACGAUCUUGAAGCCUUUGCCAAACAGUUUAAGCAACGGCGAAUCAAACUCGGCUUCACCCAGGCAGACGUUGGUCUCGCGCUGGGAACUUUGUACGGGAAUGUUUUCAGUCAAACGACAAUAUGCAGGUUUGAAGCCCUGCAGCUUAGCUUCAAGAAUAUGUGCAAGCUGAAGCCGCUGCUCCAGAAAUGGCUAGAAGAAGCGGACUCUACGACAGGAUCGCCUACAAACAUUGAUAAAAUCGCCGCUCAAGGUAGGAAGAGGAAGAAACGGACGAGUAUUGAAGUCACCGUAAAAGGGGCGCUGGAGAGUCAUUUCAUGAAGUGCCCAAAGCCUUCGGCCCCCGAGAUAACUCAUCUGGCUGACCAGCUGCAGCUGGAGAAGGAAGUGGUAAGAGUGUGGUUCUGUAAUCGAAGGCAGAAGGAGAAGAGAAUGACCCCUCCUGGCAACAUUGGCCCUAAUGGGGAGAUCAUCAUGCCCGACGGGAACGACGACUCCUCUGUUAACGACGGCAGUCCCUUACAUGACUCUUGCAGCCCGAUUCACAGCGGCGGAGGAGGAGGCGGCUCCCCUGUCAUGUCUAACUACGGCAGCUCGCUACCGCCUCACUCCAUGAACCACUCUGGGUCUUCGCCCAUGUCUCAGGUGUCCUCACUGUUGUCAUACUCCAUGGGCGGACAUCCGCAUCACCCUCAGCUCCACCAGGGGUCUCACACGCCUCCACCGCCCGUGCCACACCAUUACCAGCUCCAACAGCACCACAAUCCUCUGGCGCUCAAGCACUCCCCGCCGCCCCACUGACUAGCGGCCGAGGAGUCGCACCAUCAUCGGUACGUCGACUCCUACGGUGGAGCAAACCACCACGACGACUACGCCCCAUACUCGCCAAGGUAAAAAGAAUCUUCCCUUACACUAAGUAAGGCUUCUUUGACCUCUAAAUAGUCAGUUCUCUCUUCUGAUCGACAUGCCGUUGCCCGCCUUGGCUUUCACGGCGCCAGGUCAAUUUGUUUGUUUCUAUUUCUAAACAAGAAAUUCACUAAGUCAUAAAAGUCAGAAUUUUGUUUCGCUUUUCAAACGCUUUUCCGGUUCAAACUGAGAUGUGUACAUAUUGAUAUGUGCCCAUUCACUGCCCCCACCAGGAGGAACAUUGCCAUGAACAGGCCUUAUCUUCAACACUGUGUAAGUAGGUCAAACUUAAUUGAACUCACCUAGAUCUAAUUAAAUUGACACUUCUACUAAUCAUUCAUAUACAGGUGAAAACAUUUCACAGCAAACUUUGACAGUUAAACAUAAAACUUUAAUAUAACACCAGAAGACACUUAUUUGUUUUUCUAUCUGUGUAUUCUGUAAUUUCAAGACAUUUAAAAAACAAACGGAAUGACUAGAGUUAACCUAAAUAUUAACUGGAGCAUGUGUGCGAGUGUCUGCGAUGUGUUAUUUGGAGCAUGUGUGCGAGUGUCUGCGAUGUGUUAUUUCUUGUUGAUUAUUUAUACCCAACUACAGAUAAACUUUCUACUAUCAACUCAAUUAAUUAUAUUAUAAGAUCACGCAUUUUUUAAAAUUAUUUGUCUAUAUUUUUUUUAACGCUUUCUGUAUAAAAAUAAUUGGUAAUAAUGAACAAUUUUUUAAAUCAGUUUUGUACUUUUCAGUCAUUUAACCCUAAAUUUAAGUUAUUCUAACAUUCAUAUAAUACAUUAAAAAUAUAUUUUGAUGUUUGGCAUGGCUAUAUUCCUAGGAACCGCAUCCUCCCUCCGUUUCUGUGUUAGGUCCUAGUAUCCUCCGUCAAAGAGACAGUUUCAGUAGGUGAUGAUCAGGUCAACAUGCUCACUUCAACGAUCUAUUAAACACCUCCCAAAAACAUCUCCCAGUUUACCAGCGCCCAUCUAAAAAAAAAAAAAAAAAGAAAAAGCUUAUGGGGGUCUGGCGGCGACGAAACAGCGCUAUAAUACGUAGCGGAAAUCCGAAGCGCCAAAAUUAAUGUUCCGUUCAAAGCCGAGUGUGUCUUCAGCCGUGUCGGAUAUCAACAACAGCAGACGAUGUGUGAUUUACGGCAAGGGAGAGAAUUCAAGUUGGCAAGAUAUGAAAGAAAUUAGGAACAAGGGAAUGAAAAGAAUUUUUUUUUUUUUUAAAAAAAAAGAUGAUAUUAAAAAAAGAGCAUUGCAGUAGCCAUUUCUGAAAACUAUAAUAGUUAUUUUUUGUCACGCUGGUUAGGUUUUUUUUUAAAAAAGAGGAUGUGUGAGAUGGCGUUCACCAUAUCAGUCCAUCUGAUAUCACUCGCACUGUGCGCAUCUUUCCGUCUUGCUCUGGACAAAAGAGAAACUACCGUGAUGGUGAUGAUGGCCACUGAAGAUCCUGGGAGUCGCGAUAACAUUCAGCACCAAGAAACCUGAUACUCUUAAAGUUCAUCUAGCGGUGUAAGAUCUAGUCUUUAUUAAGUCCGCGAGACGGUACAUCAGACCCACUGUAAAGACAUUGAGUUUAGGAACAGAUUAGAAGCCGUAAUAUAAAAUGUGCCUCGAAUCAGGACGUACUAACUGUUCGUCGCUUUAUUUACGUUGUAAAGUUCUGGCUUUUUUUUGUUCUCUGUACAAACAUAAUAAAAGAAGGGGGCGUGGUGGAAAACGAGAGACUUAAGAAUGAAUGCAAACAAACAGCUAUUUAGAAUGUAGGCUGCAUCUACGAAGACCUAGACUGCUGCUAGAUAUAACAUGCCGCCACACUCUUCAUGAAACAUUUGUCAAGACAGAAACAAUUAAAGAUCACUUGAUUCCCGUGUACAAUUAAUAAAAAUCUUACAUGCCAAUCAUUGCGCUGUGCUGUAAUAUUUUAUAAUUAAUUUUUUAAAUCAUUAAAAAAAUAUAGAACCAUUGGAACAUCUAAAUUAAAUGUUAUUUGAUACAGUGGAAAUACUAAAACAUAAAAACAGAGAGAAGAGAGGACUAGAGGCUAUCCUAGUCUGGUUCCAGUGACCUAUAAAACAAAUCUAGUUUAAUUCCUAAAAAAAAAACAAUUUUCGGUUUAUGUCGAUGUAUUACUUCUUUAGAUUUCUAGCAGUCAUCGACUAUCACAAGUUACAAACUUUUGAUUUUAUUAAACCUCAGAUUCAAAACAAUCUUUGUGUACAGUUACAUUUUGUAACAACUAUUUCAUUUCAUCCAAUUUACUUUGUAAAUGACAGCAAAACGAGUAAAUAUUUUGUUUCAAUACCAUUGAAUGUUCCAUUUUUGUCCACUCUCUAAGUUGAGCUUAUAUAAUUUAUAUUUUUUUUUAUUGAAGUCAGUAUACACAAAGAUAUUAUCAAAUUUUAUAAAAAAUUAUAUUAUUAUUAUUAUUUUUUUUAAUCUUUCAAGGCUCUAGCCUAGACCUAGACCUGGGGGAGACAGUUUUAAAAUUUGUCAUGUUUUGGUUUAUUUAAUUUUUUUAUUUUUGUAAAAUGCAUUUCUUAAUGUUGAUUUACUUUUUAACUUUAAAAAAUUUUUGACAAUAAGAUAAAAGGCUAGGGGUUAUCUUCUCCGUAUGUGUGUGUGUAAAGGAGUUACAAUUGGUUUUAACUGAAUGUGAUGAUUUUGUUAGACACCUAACACAAGUUGACUACACAGCAACACACAAAUACCCUGCACAGUUACUGUUGUUUUUUUUUUUUUUAAAUCAUUAGAUUGGCUCACAAUUUUUUUUUAUAAAUAGAUAUUUGUCCAACUAUUUGACUAGACGCUCAGGACACUAAAAGUUUGUGUUAGACCGUCUUCUCUAUUCUAUUUGCUCGUGUUCCAUACAAAUGUUCACAUUCCAAAGACGAUCUUUCAAUCACAACUGUUUGGCUUCAGACACUGAGCUGACGAGCUGGAAACGAGUUGAAAAAAACUAGCUUCUAGAAUUCUGUGAGAUGGUAAAUAGCUUCUCUGUCUGAUUUCUUAUAAGAUAUUCAUGUUUUAGAGUUCAUUUGUCAAGCGGAAUAACACAAAUAAAGUACUCUUGAAAGUUAAUUUUAAAAAAAAUCCAUUUUAUUUUGAAAAACACAAACUAGAACUAUCCCUUAUUGUUAAAGUACUCCACCAUUUUUGUUUUCAAUGAAUGUGUAUGUGUAGCAUGCUUCCAGCACACACACACUCGGGAGACACUCGGUUACACAAACACGCUGACACAUUCUAAAGGAACACAUCAUUCAUACUUCUUGUGUCCUAACACAUUAAUGUCAAGUGGCCAAGAUUGACUGCGGGUCUAAUGGAAUACCUUGAGGUUUUUGUGUCUCCUUUUUAGUUAACAAAAAAUAUUAUAAGACUAAAAAAAACGCAGAAGAAAAAAAUUCCCGUUAGCUUCGAGACAAACGCCUCUCAUAGAAGCUCUAGAUCUGAAAGUAUGGAGCGGGCUCUUGUCCACUAUACUAGUGGCGGACAGUGUCUGUUAAUGACACUUUCUACCCCUUCCUUUUUUUUUUUUUCAUUUUCUGUGAUCUUUCUACCUUCCAUUCAAUGAGCUGUUUACUUCAGCAGUCAGAGCAGAGUCUGCUAAGUCAAAGGGCUACCUUUGGAACUAGCCAUUACUGUUGAACUAUUGAUUCUUACACUUUGAGCUGUGCUACAUCUCGGCCCCUUGAGUUCAUUCCUUGCCAUAAUUCUAUUCCACAAUUUGUUUUGUUUGGACCCCGUGGUGAUGUUUCUGUUGUAUAUUUUUGUUUGUUUUUGUUUUAAAUUAUUCAUUCCAUUGGCUUUGUUUUUUUUAAUGCAAAAAAUGUAUUUUCUUUAAAUUCAAUAUUAUAUUAAAAUACAAAUUUAUUGCAGUAUAUCAAAAGACAUUGUUUCAUUUUUGGUAAAUAAUAUACGAUUAGAAAUAAUAUCAAUAUCAAUAAUAUUUACAUCAUUAUCGCUAGAUAUAGGCACACUUAUUCUUAAUCUUUAUAAUCGAAGACAUUGCCAUGAAUAUAGCUACAGUACAAUCAAACUACUCCCAAAGUCCACCCAAACGAAUUGUUUUAUAAGUAGAAUGAUGACUUUGCUAGCUACCGACGUGCAGGAGGUCUCUGGACUCAGGCAUAAUGGCCUUCGUCUUGAAAAUGAACGAGUUUGUGUCAUGUGGGGAAUUUGUGUGAAACUUGGAGGAGGUUGCAAUGUACAGUCUCUACUAUAAACAUGCACCAUACACGUACUGUGUUUGUGUUUGGUUGCCUUCACAAAGUCUCAUUGAAGAGUUUAUUUAGAACAAACUUUCAUUCCUCAACACCAGUCACACGAUGUACAACAUCUGAAGGAGAAUCUAAAAUAUUAUGACUAGUUUACUUCUGGUAAUUACAUCAUAAUACAUGUAGUCCUAAUAUAAAUAAAACCGAAACUGGCUUUGGCGAUAUCGUAAUUAAUUAUAUGUAAUUACAGAAUUAGAAGGUAGCGUCAGACAAUGUAAAUAUAUCAAUAUUGAGAUGUGGGAACUCUCUUAGGGCUUAUCAAACAAACGAACACACAUUAUUUUAGUCUAUGUUUAAUUCUUCAAAAUUCGUAUUCAAACACAACUUCAAGACUUUAGUAGACCACCUUUUGUUAACGGUUAACCCAUUCUCUACUCUAUAUUAUAAUAAAUACUUUUUUGUUGUUGCUUUGUUUAGAGAUGUCAUCAAAGCUAACAUUAACCCAUAACAUGCGUUGUUGAGAUAAAAAAACGUUUUAAAAUGGUCUCUUCUAGGAGGUGGCUCCAGAGUGGACCAUCUGGACGGGUCUGGGACCUGAACUAUCCUUGAAAUGUCGGUGUCCAUGGUUUCACCAUCUCAACGAUGUCUGAAUGUGAGACAACUUAAGUCUGUCACGUAUCACUGCUUUCCUCCACUCCUGACAACUUAAAACUUUCUCCCUCUCCGUUACCCCCCCCCCCCCCGUCUAUCCGUGUUGUAUUUGUUCGAGAUGGUUCUGUACCUCCUGGUGACAGUCCCCUUCACAUAAGAAGAGGUUUUAUUGUUUUUUUCUUAGAAAUAUUGAACAAAACUAAGAGCGCGCGCAUGCCCCGUGACCCAAUUUCGAUCUAUUUUUAGAAGAGACAAGCAUCAUGGGAAAACAUUUCGUAACACCUAUUUUCAAAACAUGUUAGACAGUACGUCAGUUUAUUCAUUGUGUACAGUGAGCAAAUGAUGUCUGCACCUUUUUGUACAGUGAGCAAAUGAUGUCUGCACCUUUUUGUACAGUGAGCAAAUGAUGUCUGCACCUUUUUGUUUUGCUUGUCUCUUUGGUGAAAGCUUCUUGAACUGAUCUAUCUUCAUACUUAGAUACAAUAUCUUCAGACUUAGAUACAUUAUCUCCAUACUUAGGUACAUUAUCUCUAUACUUAGGUACAAUAUUUCCAUUCUUAGAUACAAUAUCUCCAUAUCUAGGUGCAAUAUCUCCAUAUCUAGGUACAAUAUCUCCAUACUUAUGUACAAGAGGUCAGCAGAGAAUGGAAUCGGUCCUAGUUUGGACGCGGGGUCAUUGCCACGACUGUCCUAAGCGCAUACCAUACGACCUGGCACUAUGCAAAUGUUCAGAAUUAACUUUGUUUUUAAUAUUUCUGAAGCUGUAUAUCCCGAUAUUCCUAUAUUGUGUGGCCCUAUCGAUUAAUUAAUUAAUUAAUUAAUUAUUAUUUAUAAAAAACAAUAACAUGGGUUUGCUUUAUAGUGACAUCCCUUAAAGUUUUCACUAUUGUCUUUCUUUUUAAACUCUUUUUGACAAUAUUUCUAUACUUUCAUAAAUCAGAAGACGACAAAACUCUUACAUUUCCAAAAAACAACAUCAACAACAACAAAACACUCAAGAUGUGGCUGUAUAAAAAUGUGUGAUCUAGAUUCGUAUCAAUCCCGGCGCCCUUUGGAUUAUGUCUCCCGGGGCUCUAUCAUGAAGAGUUUGCCACACGGGCCUAGUGGGGGGGGGG